AUGACGUCCGAAACGGUGAACCCUCCGACCCCCACCCAUGCCCCUGGGGGGCCGCGGCUGGAGGGGCUGAAAGGGGCCAAUCCAUACGCCUCGCCGCUGGAUUCCGAUCGCACGCCGCUGGGCCCGGGCGACCGCGCGGCCACGCCGCCGGCGCAGCACGACGAGUUGGCGGAUAUCUGCUUUUGCCCCUGCCUCCGCCCCAUCCUGCGGGUGAUCGGGCAUGGCGGGUUUAUCGCGAAUGUUUAUACCUUGGCCAGCGCCACCCUCGGCGCGGGCAUCGUGACCGUCCCUGGGGGGUUUGCCAACUCCGGCAUCCUCGUCUCGGCGAUCCUGCUGGCGGUGGUCUGCGCCUGCACGAUUUACUCCCUUCGGUUGUUGGUCCAGGCCAAGGAGUUGACGGGGCUGCGCUCCUACGAGGAGCUCGCGCGGUCGCUCUUGGGCCGAGGCUGGGAUUACCUGACGGCUUUCCUCAUGUUUAUGUUCUGCUGGGGCGUCUGCGUGGGCUACGUGAUAUCCAUCGCGGAUAUCGUCUUCGUGAUGUUUCAGAAGGAAGGCCAGCCCGAGUACCCGCGAACCGGGAUCAAAGUCCUGCUUUUUACAUCGUUGAUUUGGCUUCUUUUGAUGCUUCCGCCCUCGCUGCCGAAGCAAAUUAACUCCCUGCGGUACAUGUCCUUUAUUGGGGUGAUGAGCAUCAUGUUUUUCGUCCUUUGUGUGGUCAUUCACUACAUCCAGAACUCCAACAAACCGGCCUUUAAGGAUCUUAACUUGUCCAAUAGCGGCAUGGGCGCCAUUCAGGGGUUGAAUUUGUUUAUCUUCUCGUUUAUUUGCCAGGUCAACGCCUUCGAGAUCUACGAGGAGAUGGUGGACCCGACGGUCAACCGCAUGACCCGGGAUAGCGCCAUCAGCAUGAUUCUCGUGGCGGUCCUGAACUUCAUCUCGGGCUUCUUCGGCUAUUGCGAUUUCGGCGCGAAGGUGAAAGGGUCGCUUCUGCUCAUGUACAACCCGGCGGGGAAUGCGCUUUUUAUGAUCGCCUAUAUCGGUAUUUGCAUUAAGGUCUGUGUGGGCUUUGCCAUUUGCAUUCAGCCCUCUCGCGAUGCGAUUUACUACAGCCUGGGGCUUGGGAAAACCAGCGAUGUCCGGACGUGGGUGAACAUCCUGGUGAGUGUGGGGCUGUCCAUCACGGCCCUCGUCUGUGGGUUGUUUAUCCCGGAUAUCAGCACGGUCUUUUCCUUCCUGGGCGGGAUCUGCGGAGGGGUGCUGGGGUUUUUAUUGCCCGCCUAUUUCUACCUUUACACCGGGGGGUUUACGUUAAAGCGUUUAGGGAGGCGGAGAUUCCUGCUGAACUUACUGGGCUGCACAAUCCUGCUGGUCGGGGGGGUGAUCGCGGUGGUCUUCGGGACCGCCGUGACGAUCUAUGAUCAAGUCGUGCCUUCAUAA